GAAUUCACACACAUUACAUUCCAUUUCCAAUUGCGAAAAUUCGAACCAGUUGACGAUUGAAGAAAAUAAAAUUGUACCAACCAACUAGUCCAGUGUCAGUGCUGUUUGCCGUUCAGAUUUUUUUCUUUGAAAGCGUACCACAAAUUACGCCACUUAAAAAAAAUCGAAGGUGUACACGGCGAAUAAGAAAAGGAACAAAAUUUCUUUUGAAGGGCCACCACACCACUACUUUUAUUCGCCCAGAGCAAGAGCACUCUGCAAGCUAGAAAGAGACCCGUCACAUCGGCGAAGGCGAACGGAACAAAAAUAGCAAAACCACAAUGGCGAACCAACCUAGCACCGGUGUUGUGGUUCCAAGAAAUUUUCGUUUACUCGAAGAACUAGAACAGGGACAAAAAGGUGUUGGUGAUGGAACAAUUUCCUGGGGUCUUGAAAAUGAUGAUGAUAUGACAUUAACACACUGGACAGGCAUGAUUAUUGGGCCUCCCAGAACACCUUACGAAAACCGGAUAUAUUCAUUGAAAAUUGAGUGCGGUGAACGCUAUCCAGAUGAUCCUCCAUCUCUUAGAUUUCUAUCAAAAAUUAACAUUAAUUGUAUUAAUCAAAGUAAUGGUGUGGUCGACCAUAGAUUAGUACCCAUGCUAGCCAGAUGGAAUCGCGAAUACACUAUAAAAUCAAUGCUUCAGGAAAUUCGUAGGAUUAUGACUUGCAAAGAAAAUUUAAAGUUGGCGCAACCACCAGAAGGCAGCUGUUUUUAGUUGAACGUUUUCUCUUAAAUAAUAUUAAACAAAACAAAAAUCACUUAUCCCCAACAACAAAAGUCUAAAAAAAAAUCUAAACAAUACAAAAAAUGUUUAAAAGAGUAAAAAAUCAACAAAAAAAUAAAUGAAUAUUAUGUAAAAAAAAAACAGAUGUAGGAGGAACAGUUACGCCCUGUAACACAAAAAUAAAAACAACAAACACAGUAAAUUACCAAUAAUUAUAAAAUAAAUAAAAGAAAUUAUUAAUUUCAAUCAAACAAAAAACCAACCUACAUACUAUUCUAUUCUUCUUCUUUGUCUUCUUUAAAUAAGAACCAACCAUCAAAAAAACAGUAAGCAACGCAAAAACAAAAACAAAACCAUUCAAACUUGCGCGACACCUAUGCAAAGUAUAAUUUAUUUAAAUCAAAAACGAAUUGCAAAAAACACACAUAAAGGAAAGCAGCCGAUUUUAUUUCAUAAUUAUUAUUACUAUUAUAAUUAUUAUAUAUUGAAUUUUCCAAUUAAAACGCAAAGAAAGCAACAACAAAAGAAAUGGUAUAACAACAAAACAAAAAAAAAACAAGCAUUGAACUUAUAAAAAAAUAUAUUUAUUAAAAUGAGAAUAAAAGAAGAAAAAUGCGAAAAAGAAAAAAGUAAACAUAUUGAAUAGCAUUACAUCAUUUUAAAUGAUUAAAAACAAUUAUAAUUAUACAUUUAUUUAACAGUAAACUAUUAUAAAACAAAAAAAAAACUAAACAAGAAACAAACGAGAAGAAAUUGUAUAAAUUGAUUUUGUGUAUUUUUUAUAGUUUUUAUUUUGUGUAAGCUUUUUUUUUUAAUAAUUAUUUGUUUAGUAUGCUAUGACAAGGCAAAACUAAUACCUUGUUAGCAUAUUAAUAUAUAUUGAUUUAUUUAAACCACAUACACAUAUAAUCUUUCUCACAAUUUCUCUCCUCAUGAUACAAGAUGCAUUUCUCUCUCUUUCUUUUGUAGUUAUUUUGUCGUUAACUAUGAAUGUCUAAAAAUUAUUUUUAUUUGUUUUAAUAUUAUUAAAUAUAUUUUUUUUUCUAAAUGAUGAGAUUAAAGAAUAAAAAUUAAAGUGAUAAAGCGCUUGAAAACGAAAAAUAAAAUCCAAAUUUAACCUAACAAAACAAUUGGUGUAAAUAAA